AUGUGCACAAGGCACUUGCCAACACCUUCUUUGCAAGGAAGGCCACCGGGACAAUCAACGAGGGGGAACUCAAGUUUCUUGACAUGGGAAUCAAGCCCAUCUCUCACGCACAAGCGAUGGCAAGAGGAUCAGAGGGAGAUAGAUCACACAGGGAACUUGAUGCCUUCCUUGACAUCUCUCACCUACAAGAUCACAGCCUACAACACUAGGCAUCAACGAGGGAGGCUAAGUGUUGGAGGGCUCAUCACACCUAUCUUGUGUGCUGCUGGAGUGAACCCAACUGAUAAGAGAAGCCACUGA